CAAAAAGAAAACAAUAAAGCGAAAGAGAAAAUUUCAGCAAAAGAAGAAGCAGCGGCCAGAGGAACAGAUCGCGUAGUCAUCAGAGCUGUGCUGACACGGAAGAAAGUCGAAUUUGUCUCUACAUGCCACCGUCCCACUCCACAGAAAUCUCUUCCCAUAACGCUACAACAAGACAAAUUCCAGAGCUUUAUCUGCCGUGUCUUCGCGAUCCUCAAUAACCCACUGCUGGGUUCUUGGAUAAGCAAUUUCAAUAACCGGCGGCUUGGUCUUCUAGGGUUUUCUACCUCUGCCAAUGCCAAAAGUAAGCAAGACUGGGAAAUAUGGACGACGUGGAGAUAAGAAGUGAUGAACUGCCAUUCACCUUUGAAAAGAUGUAUGGAUUCUCCACAGUUGAUGGCUUUGUGGAGAUAACCGAAAGCUUGGCAGAGAUGAUCAAGUAUAUUGCAAAUGAACCUUCAACUGGAUUAUUCUAUAUUCAGCAGCAUACACAAAAUGCUGUUCCCAAUGUUGUCGGUCUGAGAAAUCGUGUGGUGGACAAGUCUCAUGAAACAACUCUGCACACAGAAGAUUCAGAGGAUUCGAUUACCAUGUUGCGGUCGAUGAAAGAAUAUGGGUUUCCUAUUGCUGAUGAGAUGAUCAGAGACAUAAAGAAGUCUCUUGCUAUCAUGUCAACCAAACAACCAAGAAGGGGCUUGAUCCACAACACUUCUGGUGUGCAGAAGACAGGGAGAAUAAGCACUUGGAGAUCGGCCACGUGGGGGCGAAGUGCAAUUGUUGCCCCGCACAACGAAUACAGUGGUGGUUAUAUUUCAACGGUAUUCAAGUCAGCUAGAGAAAAGGCCAGCAACUUUAAGUGGCCACAGCUUGACAUCAAAGACGAUCUGGCACAAGUUGAAGUCGAUAAACUACACCCACAAUCUAACCAACCAUCAGUUGCAUCCGCUAGUUCUAGUUCAUCACAGCCAGAUUUGGGCUCUACUAAUGAGCUGCCGCUGUCUAGUCAAGUUAACGAUGAGUUGCAACGAGACGACCAGGUUGACGCCAGUUUGGACCCCGAUUUACUUUCGGGGUCCGAUAACUUCGAUGAUUUCAGGGCUGAUAAGGAAGCAAAAUUGGAGGAGUGGUUGGGAGGGGCUGGCGGCUUGGAUAAGCUUAUAGAUUUGAGCGCAGGGAAAGACCAUUCACGGGGAGUUGACAAUGCUUAAUUUAACUGUAAAAAUGAUGAAUUAAAAACCACUUCAAACACAUGUACUUUUCUUCCAUCAUUUUGGCCAACCAUUAACUUCUAGGGACGUCUUUCCAUGAGUUGUACUAGUAAAGAGUUGUGUUCUUAUAGCUUUGUAACAUCAUCUUAUUGGAAUAAAUAUUUGUGGGGCGUUGUCUAUUAAUUAA